ACCGAUAGCUAAUAUCACCAAAUAACCAAUCGUUUGAUUCUUUUGACUUUCUUUAUAAUAUUUUGACUAGAAAAUGGGAUCAGCCAUUAUAAAACCUUUUGAGCAUAACAGUGAUCAUUUAGUUUUCGAAGCAAUUCGUAAAAAUAAAUUUUCCAUGGCAAAGAAGCUCAUAUUUGCAGGAAAAGAUGUUGAUUGUAUAAACUAUCUUGGUGCUACUCCAUUGAUAGAAACAUGCAAAGCUCCUGAUGUACCGAACACUAGGAAAAAACGUGAAGAGUUUGUACAGUUUCUUAUCGACAAAGGAUGUAAAACAGGAAAACAUGAUAUAUAUGGAUGGACAGCUGUAUUGUAUGCUGAGGAAAAUGGACAUUCAUUUAUAGCUCAAAUGUUGAACAGAUGUGAAAGUAAGACUAGCUGCUAUAAAAAGAGAGAAGAUAUUUCAUUCGUAUUAAAGCCUGUCAUUGAAGAGUUAGAAGUCCACUUCGAGGAACGAGAAUCUACACGGCGACAAAGCACUAUAUAAAAUACUUAAAC